CCUUGCAUGUAACUUUUCCAAUUAAAUACAAGUCUGUCUUUUAUUAACCCCCGAGAAUUUACUAAAUGAUAUUGACAUAAUCUAUUGGACGGAAUGAGUUGUCAAAAAACGAGAGCUGUCUUUUCCUGCUCCACUGUCCUCUUAUAUAUCCCACAACAAUCUUUGCUACAUUUUCAUGCAUUUUUAAUCACUCCUCUUUCUAACUCCAAUAAAAACACAAUAAUGGAUCUUCUUGUUAUGCUCCUCUCUCUUCUCGUCUCUUAUCUCAUCUUCAAGAUCUGGAAACGCAUAGACUCCAAGAGAGACCAAAACUGCUACAUCUUGGACUACCAAUGUCACAAACCUUCCGACGAUCGUAUGGUGAACACUCAAUUCAGCGGUGAUAUCAUCCUUCGAAACAAACACCUUCGGCUCAACGAGUACAAGUUCCUCCUCAAAGCCAUCGUUAGUUCCGGUAUCGGAGAGCAAACUUACGCACCAAGGCUCUUCUUUGAGGGCCGUGAACAGCGUCCUACGCUACAGGAUGGGCUCUCGGAGAUGGAAGAGUUUUACAUAGACACCAUCGAGAAAGUCCUUAAGAGAAACAAAAUUUCACCUUCGGAGAUUGACAUCCUCGUAGUCAACGUCUCAAUGCUCAAUUCAACGCCUUCACUAUCUGCAAGAAUCAUUAACCAUUACAAAAUGAGAGAAGACAUAAAAGUCUUCAACUUGACGGCGAUGGGAUGUAGCGCGAGUGUUAUCUCCAUAGAUAUUGUCAAAAACAUCUUCAAAACAUACAAGAACAAGCUUGCUCUUGUCGUGACCUCAGAGUCACUUAGUCCUAACUGGUACAGCGGAAACAACCGGUCCAUGAUUCUUGCCAACUGUUUGUUCCGCUCUGGUGGCUGCGCUGUUCUCUUGACGAACAAGCGUAGUCUGAGCAGGAGAGCCAUGUUCAAGCUAAGGUGUUUGGUAAGGACGCACCAUGGAGCCAGAGACGAUUCAUUCAACGCCUGUGUCCAAAAAGAAGACGAGCUAGGACAUAUCGGUGUCCACUUAGACAAGACUCUUCCAAAAGCAGCGACUCGUGCUUUCAUAGACAACCUCAAAGUCAUCACUCCCAAGAUUCUUCCGGUAACAGAGCUUUUAAGGUUUAUGUUGUGUCUUCUUCUCAAGAAGCUUCGUAGCAGCCCUAGCAAAGGCUCGACGAACGUGACUCAGGCAGCUCCAAAGGCAGGGGUUAAAGCAGGGAUUAACUUCAAGACCGGUAUUGACCAUUUCUGCAUUCACACUGGAGGUAAAGCGGUUAUCGACGCGAUCGGUUACAGCCUCGACUUAAACGAGUACGAUCUUGAACCGGCGAGGAUGACGUUACACCGGUUUGGAAACACGUCAGCGAGUAGCUUGUGGUAUGUUUUGGGGUAUAUGGAGGCAAAGAAGAGGCUGAAGAGAGGAGAUAGAGUGUUCAUGAUCAGCUUUGGGGCAGGUUUCAAGUGCAAUAGUUGCGUUUGGGAAGUUGUGAGAGAUCUUAACGUUGGAGAAGCUGUAGGGAAUGUGUGGAAUCAUUGCAUUAAUCAAUACCCACCAAAAUCGAUUUUGAAUCCGUUUUUCGAGAAGUAUGGUUGGAUUCAUGAAGAAGAAGAUCCUGAUACUUUCAAGAUGCCCGAAGGAUUUAUGUGAAUGUUUUCUUGGGAAUCAUUGUAAACAUACAUAUACAGUUACUUCAAACUGCAAAUCCCACAAAAGGUGACUAUAUAGUUUAUUUUCCUCUUUCUUUCUUUUAUUUUAUUUAAUGUGGAUUCUGAAUUGCUACAUUUUACUCUCUCUUUCUUUCUUUUUCUUUUUUUCUAAUUGGAUGGGAAAGAAAAUAUGAAUGACAAAGAUACUGCGAUAUACUAGUUUUCUCUCAUUUUUUUAAAUAAAUAAUUCUUUGGGUGUAAUAAUCUAUUUAUUGUAUCCUUUGGUAAAUAAUAAUACCCCAAAAAUUUUAAUGUUACGCUUGAUGUGACAUAUUUAGUUACUAACUAAAGCUUGUCACAUAUUUAUUUUUGUUAGCUUGUCACGUUACAUGUUCAUAUGCCACUUUUAGUUGUUGUUCAAACAGAACAUUAUCAUUUGU